AACGUGCGGUUUGUUUAUUUUGCCCGUUUCGCCUUUUUUUGCUUUAUUUUGAGGGAAAAACAAUUGGAAAAUGGCAGAUAUUUCACUGAGUGAUGCCGAAAAAACUUUCAUUGUUCACGGAGUACAGGAUGACUUCCGAACAGAUGGGAGAACUCGACGGGAUUACCGGCCAAUGGAGAUUGAGACGGACAUUGUGAGUCACACGAGUGGAUCAGCAAGGCUUCGUCUUGCCAAUUCAGACAUCCUUGUGGGUGUAAAGACGGAAAUAGACACCCCAUUUGCUGAUCAUCACGACGAGGGAAAGAUUGAAUUCUUUGUGGAUUGUUCAGCCAAUGCUACGCCGGAAUUUGAGGGCAAGGGUGGUGAGAGUCUCGCUCUGGAGAUUGCCAAUGCCCUGCAGAAGGCCUACGCAUCCCACCGUGCCUUUGACUUGAGGGAUUUAUGCAUCUUGAAGUACCAUCAAUGCUGGAAGCUUUACGUGGAUAUUCUGAUCCUCGAAUGUGGAGGGAAUCUCUUCGAUGCUGUUUCUUUGGCUGUCAAGGCGGCUCUGUUCAAUACGAAAAUCCCCAAAGUUAGUGCCGUGCAGGAGGAUGGUGGGAAUGUUGAGCUGGAGCUCUCAGAUGACAUUCACGACUGCACGAGGUUGUCAAUCGAGAGGGUACCAUUGCUGGUGACUCUGUGCAAAAUUGGGGAUCACUCAGUUGUUGAUCCUUCAGCUGAGGAGGAAGAAUGCGCCUCUGCGCAGCUUGUUGUUGGAAUUUCCUACUCUGAAUCAACAGAUGAAGGCUUUGUCACAAUGAUGAGAACACUGGGCGCUGGUUCAUUUCUCCACACAACCCUCAAGGAAACCAUAAAAUUGGGCGUAAUGGCGGGGGAAUGCCUCAAUGUGGAACUUCUCAAAGUCCUCCGGCAGGAGGAACGUCUGGGGAAGUCUUCGAAAGAUGUUUAUGGAUUCCUCAAAUGAACAAGGAUUUUCUAUUUGUUCUUCUAUAGGGCAGCUGAAAGUUCUUCUUGAAUGGAGUUAGAGCGUAGGAGCUGCCUCGGAGAUGGACCACUCAUGAAGGAUGAGCUGAUUGUGUCGGAUUUCAUUGCUUCGUUCAUCUUCAUUGUAUGAUAUUCUUCCGAAAAGUCCUGAAAAGAAUUUUUUUGUAAUAAAAUUCUUUUUUUUUUAAUAAAA